AUGAUCGAUUUUAAGGAUUCAUUAAAAAAAUCAGAUAAAUCGGAAAACAAACCGUGGCCCUUGGAAACUGACGUUUAUACAGAAUCCUCGGAUUUAAUUGGAAUAAAAAAGAUUCCUAAAGAAGAUAAACAUUUGAAAAAAACAAUAUUACCACCUUAUCCUAUAAUAGAUAAAGAUAAUGCCAAAUACAAGGAUAUAGUUUUGAAAUCAGGUUUACCUUAUUGUCAGGAAAUCAAAAUUCAUUCUAACAAUGAUAAAAUGAAUAAGGAUACUUGUUACAAAUGUAAGGAUUUAAAAACUGGUAAUACUUAUGAUUAUUGUACUUACAAUUCAAAAAAGGAUGACAAUUAUUCGGAAUAUUUGACACCUCGAAAACGAAGAUCUAAUUCAAAUAUCGAGAAUCGAGAAUCACCGUCUACGAAAAUAUCCUUGGAUGAUGGCAAAUUAAAAAUUGCUGCCUCCGAACACGUCGAGAAUUUAAAGGAUCAUCCGAAUUUUAAUCGAAAGUUUGAUAAUCCAUACAGAUUUAGUGACGAAAUUUUUACCGAAGCUAGCGAAUAUAUUCCUGAUAAGUAUAAAAAAAUUAAUGAAAAUUGUGAGAAAGUAUUAAGGGAUUCUAUGGUUUGCAUGGUUUGCAAGGAUAUGAAAAGUAAAGCAAAGUAUGAACAAUGUUCUUACGUAGCUAAACCUAAUGACAAAUCUUAUGCUUAUAGUAAAUCAAAAUUAUUUGGAAAAGGACACGACGAGGACGCAGAACCGGAUGAAAAAUUAAAGGUUGAUCCAGAAAAAAAAUAUUACGAAUCAUCGUAUCCAAGUGAAAGGUAUGAAAGAUCACAGGUGAAAGUAAGAAACGAUGAGGAAAUAAAUAUAGACGAAGAAAAAGAAUCAUCGACCGAUUGUAAAAAGCUUGAAAAAGAUGGUAAAAUUUGUACCAUUUGUAAGGAUCCUAAAACGGGUGGUAAUUAUGAGAAAUGUUCUUAUGCAUAUCAACCUAAAGAUAAGGUAUACAAAUUCAGUAGAUCUAAAUCAUUCGGUUAUCCUGAAAAUACGUCAAAAAAAUCAUCAAGUUCGAAAAAGGAAGAAGAAGAAGAUGAAGAAUCCGAUCGUCCUAUCGAAUCCAAAUAUUCGGAUUAUACGAAAGAUUAUAAUUUACCGGACGAAUCUAAAAGUUAUUACGAUAAAUCAGAUUCCAAUAAUAAAAAAGAUUCAUACGACGUUUUACCUGAUUAUUAUACUAGCCCGUCGGAAUAUAAAUCGGAAUCUGAAAUAAAUUCAGAAAAAAUAGAUCAAUCCAAUUGUAAAUUAAUCGAAAAGGAUUCGAUGACGUGUAAGGUUUGUAAAGAUCCUAAAAGUGGUGAUAAUUUUGAACAAUGUUCUUACGCUUAUAAACCGAAAGAUAAAGUAUACGCGUAUACGAAAGGUAAUUCUUAUGGUAGUCCUACGAAAUCUGAGGAAAAUCAAGAAGAAUCCAAGGGUUAUGAUGUUCAAGAAAAUAUUAGAAAAAUUAUUAAACCGCCAUAUAAUAAGGGUUACGAUAAGGGUUAUGAUAAAAAUGAAGAUUACAACGAGAAGGAAGGAUAUCCUUCGGAAAAUUCGGAACGUUUGAUAUUCGAACCGUCGACCUUGAAGGCAGCAGCAGCUGCAACUAAGGCAGCUAUCGAUGAGACUAAAAAAAAAGUUAACGAUGAUACUUACUUCGAUGGUCAAAAAAAAAAAGCUGACAUAGAGAAAGUUUUGAAAGAAUUUCAAAAUGAGGAUCGUAAAAAUUGUAAGAAAAUAAUGAAGAAUAAAAUGACGUGUUAUCAGUGCACAGACGAUAAGGAUUUUCGAAAGGAAGAAUGUAUGUUCGUAGGUGACCAAGAAGAACCAGAUAACAUUAAUAAUAAUAAUAAUAAUGACAGAUAUACAUAUCGCGAGGUUAAACAAUUUAAGAUUGAUCCUGAUAACAAAUCAUCCAGUUCGAGUUUGAAUAAAAGCCAAUUAAAAAAGAAAACAGAAAUUCUCGAACCGAUACCAUCGGCGAGUGAAGAUUCUUACGUGACAAAAUUAAAACCAGUUGAAAAUGUUGAAAAAACAACUGAGGAAGAAAAAUUAGACGAAGUUGAACCUUACGAAUAUGUUGCCGAAACUCAACCUAUUUAUGACAAGAGUCUGGGAUUAACAUUACCAGCAUUUAUGUUAACCAAAUCGGAACACGAACAAGAAUUUGAUGAUAUGGUUGCAUCUAGUAGAAUUUAAUAUAUCAAAUUUACCGAAUUAAUUCAUUUUAUUUUAUAUUAUUCAUUAUUUCAAUUCUAAUAAGAUCAAUAUAUAUAUAUUAUUGUUAUUUAGUUCGUAAACAGACAUUUUUUUUUUCUGAUAAGAC